UUGCAUUCAAUUCAUUUGCUUCUUCUCAGAUUUGAUGAAUUUGAACAAGACUUCGAUUUCCUUUUUUGCAGAGUAUCCGAUCAACCGCUUCCUGAUGGCUGGGAAAUGCGCUUCACAGAACAAGGUGUACCCUUUUUCAUUGAUCAUUCAACCAAGACUACCACCUAUAAUGAUCCUCGUACUGGAAAACCAGUAGGCCCAAUGGGAGUUUUUGGCGUCUCGAUGUCAUAUGAGAGAACCUUUAGAUGGAAAAUAGCGCAGUUCCGUUAUUUGUGCCUGUCAAACAGUGUACCUAAUCAUGUGAAGAUAACGGUGUCACGUACGAAUGUAUUUGAAGACUCAUUCCAAGAAAUUAUGCGGAAGAAUGCGGUAGAUUUGCGGCGCAGGUUGUACAUACAAUUUCGUGGAGAAGAAGGACUUGAUUAUGGAGGAGUGGCUAGGGAAUGGUUUUUCCUGCUUUCGCAUGAAGUACUGAAUCCGAUGUACUGCCUCUUUAUGUAUGCGGGUAACAGCAACUACAGUCUUCAAAUCAAUCCUGCUUCAUUUGUAAAUCCUGAUCAUUUGAAAUAUUUCGAAUACAUUGGAAGAUUUAUUGCCAUGGCUCUUUUCCACGGAAAGUUCAUUUAUUCUGGUUUCACUAUGCCUUUCUACAAGAAGAUGCUCAGCAAAAAGAUUGCUUUGAAAGACAUUGAGCAAGUUGAUACAGAGUUUUACAACUCCCUUAUGUGGAUCAAGGACAACAAUAUUGACGAGUGCCAGAUGGAGUUAUACUUUGUGGCGGAUUACGAGCUACUUGGAGAACUCAAAACUCAUGAGUUGAAACCUGGCGGAACAGACAUUGCUGUAACCGAAGCAAACAAACUCGAAUAUAUCUCACUAUUAGUCGAAUGGCGCUUUAAUAGAGGUGUAGAACAGCAGACGAAAGCGUUCUUCACUGGUUUCAAUUCAGUAUUUCCGCUGGAAUGGCUGCAAUAUUUUGAUGAGAGGGAGCUGGAGCUGCUCUUGUGUGGAAUGCAGGAUGUUGAUGUGGAUGAUUGGCAAAGAAACACUGUCUAUCGCCAUUACGCUCCUCAAAGCAAACAGGUCGUAUGGUUCUGGCAAUGGGUCAGAAAUCUGGAUCAAGAGAAGCGUGCGCGAUUGUUGCAGUUUGUGACAGGCACGUGUCGUGUUCCCGUCGGUGGAUUUUCGGAGUUGAUGGGCAGCACUGGGCCGCAGUUGUUCUGCAUUGAAAGAGUCGGUAAGGAGAACUGGCUUCCGCGGUCGCAUACCUGCUUCAAUCGACUGGAUCUUCCACCAUAUAGAAGUUAUGAGCAGUUAUCCGAAAAGUUAAACAUGGCAAUCGAAAUGACCGAAGGUUUCGGAAACGAAUGA